ACACACAGGGUGACUCUCAGAGAAGUUUUGUUUAAUAUUAUACCUGCACGUUUUCCAUACACGUUUUAUAAAACAGUAUGGGUCGAACUUGCACGGGAAGGAUACGAUUUAUAAUGUUAGUCCUUGUAUCUUUACUCGGAAUGUGUUGGCUUGUGUAUGCAGUGAUAUUAACACAUGUUGAGGGUAUACCACACAUGCAGAGGAAGAUACCCGUGAAAAAAACCUCGCAUGUGCAGCGGAUGUUAGACAAAGCUUCAAACAUUCUGAGCACUGACUUCGUAAUGAUUCAAAGGAAAACAGCUGUAAUGAAGAUGUGCAAGAAAAAUUCUACUUACAAUCUUCCGAACCGACACCACAUGGUCUAUAAUAGAAACAAACCCUUCCUGUAUUGUAAAGCAACUAAAGCGGGGUCGACGUUUUGGGGAAGACUUUUGCUUCAAAUAGACAAACAUCGGAUAGCAAGUCCUUACCAUAUAAAACCUCAAAUAGGAGUGACCAACGUGUUUCCCACAAUCAAUGAAUGGAAACAUAUUGAUGCAAUUUUAAGACGUUCUACAAAGUUCAUAAUAGCUCGUGAUCCUUUAGAGCGGUUAUAUUCCGCCUAUGUUGAUAAAGUGUUUUCCCCAAACCCAUUCUACUGGGAUGUCCUAGGUACCUAUAUAGUAAAAACAUUUAGGGACAACACUUCAAAAACCACUUGCGGACAUGACGUGACAUUCCCAGAAUUCCUCCAAUAUGCCGUUCAUGCCGAGACUACAGGCAAACACGUGGACGUACACGUGCUCUCGUUAUGGAAGUCGUGUUCCCCGUGUCAUGUCAAGUAUGACAUCAUAGGCAAAAUGGAAACGUUCAAAGACGACACUAAUUAUAUUCUGGAUAAGUUAAACCUAGAACCUUACAAAGCAGUACUGCGUAACAUCUCCAUCGACGCCGUAAAUGAUGCGUUAUACGAUACAGCUCAGGCGUACGUAUCCAUGCGUGGCGUAGCCACAAAAUGUACCUCAAAACAGAACACCGCUGAGAGAAUAUGGACAAAACUUAAAGCUAGGGGUUUCAUUGCCGCUGAUUUGCCCGUACCUAGCAAUCUGUUUUACAAAAAGGAAGCAACAGUGUUUGAAAUAUUUAAAGGCGCAUAUUCAAAAUCUGUUCUGGAGCUGGGACGUCAAGGAUUAAAACAACAACAAAAUACUAUAUUUCUCGAAACAUUUAAAAGGAUACCAAAGCACACGCUUUCACAGCUAGCAAAAACGUACAGCAUGGAUUUUCAAAUGUUUGGGUAUGAACAGGAAUUUAAUGAAAUGUUUAACAAAUCAACUAAUUCAGGUUUUUCUAUCAGUGCUAUUUUUUUCUAGGUAAAAAUGCAUAAUUAAUGCAAAACAGUUUCUUUUAUUUUAAUCCACCCUUUCCGCAACGUGUGAUCACCUAUGGUUUUCAACACCUCAUUAAAUAAUAUAAGAGAAAGCUGGAUUCAUUUGACGGUUAAUCACGUGCACCUCUAUGGCUUAUAUGAAGAAAAAAACCUGUUUAGCAUGCUUUUUUCCUUUUUAAAUUUCAAAUGAAAAAAAAAAAACUAAUCCAUGCAUGGUUCUGGGCUUUCUGUUUGUUAAAAUGUGGGUCAUCCAAAAUGAUGUCAUAGGAUAUGACCUAUUUACGGCAGUAGUGUUUCACACUUACUAUUACACUAA